CCCAUCGUGGCUUGCUGUAAGUACAACCAAGCAAAAAAAUGGGAUUCAAAUUAAUUUGCAUGACGGCAUUAUCCGUCUUUGUGGUAGUCACAAUCUUACUGGAUUGCUCUGUUGCAAAGAAUAUCUAUCAAAACAACGAUUCAAACUUUUUGAGAAUCAAAUGGAGAAUCGGGAUUUUGGAUGAACUUACCAACGACACUUGCGUUGAUGAAUUACCUUUUCCAGAUCCUGACGAUAUAACAUGGUUUUAUCAAUGCUUUUUGGCUGGUGACUACUAUGUACUCGUUCAUCUUGAAUGCGACACGGGAGGCUACUACGAUGAGAUUUCAGGCGCGUGCGAAGAGUUUCCAGUCACCGAACCGCCAACAACACCGGAACCCACGACGCCAGCCCCAUUCCAGUGCGGCGACGUCGAAGGUAAAUUUCCUGACCCCUCAGACUGCACAAAGUACAAUCGCUGCGUAUUAGUCAGCGGAGUCAUGCGGUUGUACAAAUACGUUUGCACUGCUGGUUCAUAUUUUGACGAGGCCCAGGCAAUGUGUGUUGUUGGAGUUUGUCCAGGCUCAACUUCUCCAACAACUGAGUCUUCGUUAAGUACUGAGCCUUCCACAGUACCCACGACUACAGCGGAACCCACAACCACACCGGCUCCAACGACCACAGCAGCACCCACCACGCCACCCCCGUUCCAAUGCGGAACCAUCGAAGGCACCUUUCCCGAACCAACAGAUUGCACAAAAUAUAAUCGCUGCGUAAUGAUCGCCGGAGUCAUGCGGUUAUAUGCGUACACUUGUCCGGCUGGGUCGUACUUUGAUCAGGCCAAGGCAUUGUGUGUGUUAGGAACUUGUCCAGCAACUAGUCCUCCAACGACACUGCCCCCUGCAACUACAGCAGGCACAACAGGGUCCACCACCCCACCAGCAGUUACGACCACAGCGGCGCCCGCGACUACGGCAGUCACGACCACCACAGUAUCCACAACGAUAACCCCAUUCCAGUGUGGAACCACGGAGGGUACUUUUCCUGACUCUACAGAUUGCACAAAAUACAAUCGCUGCGUACUCAUCGCUGGGGCCAUGCGCUUGUAUUCAUACACUUGCCCUGCGGGAUCAUAUUUUGAUCAAGUCAAUAAACUUUGUUCGUUAGGAACAUGUUAGUUAUGAUGACCUAUUUCAUAAGCAGUCUUCCUCAGAUGUGGUCAAUAUAUAUAAAAAUAACAAUAUAAUAGAUAGCGGCGUGGGAAAAGUAGGAGACCUUUUCCCACCAAACUUUUGAACCUCCCACGAAACAUUUUAUUUUUGCUAAUCCUUUUUUUCGCUUUAUACAAUUCUUUAAUUCACGCAAUUGUAUAAUAACUUCCCGGAGAUGUUGACCUUUAUUAUAGUAAACCUGAUCAAGUUUAUGAUACAAUCAGAUAGUUUAAUAAAAAAAGAUUUGCGCAAGAUAAAUUUAUAACAUCUGACUUCUACUCAACCCUCUGUGAUCCGUUUCACAUACAAAUUUGCUUGUGUUAAAUAAAUUGAAUUUCAAAGA